AUGCAGGAAGGGGUUUCUGGGGAGAGAGGGGGAGAUGGGGGGGAUAUUGAGAAGGAUGAGGGAGGGGUUGAGGGGGAACAAGCGGCAGGAGGAGAGGGAGCGGAGGGGGAAAGGGAGAUGCAAGGAGAGGUGGCGGGAGAGGUGGGGGGAGACGAAGGAGGAGAAGUAGUGAGGGAGAUAGUGGGAGAUGAAGGGGAUACGGGUUCUCAAGACCCGUAUUCGGACCGUGAUCCUUAUGUGGGCCCCACUGAAUCUUCCUCUGACGUGCCUGAAGAUGUGGAAGGCCAAGCUUCUGACGUGGAAGUCCCCUCUGCUGACGUGGACGACCCCACUGCCAGCACAGAACCAGCGGAGACUGAGGGACAGAAAAGCAAUCCCAUUUCUCGCCCCUCCCCCUCCUCUUCCGCCGCCUCCUCCCUCCUGCAAGACAACAGCACUUCUGACCUUUCAACUACACCCUCCUCUCCCCCGCCGGCCACCCCUCCUCCUCCCCCCAAGAAUCCCCCCUCGCUUCCCGCCGAUUGCCCCAAGCCCACAGUGCCCCCUCCUCCAGUCCUUGCGCCUUUCUCCAUCCCCCGGCUCAUGCCAAACCUGGUGGUGGCACAGGACGGGUCCGGGGACUUCACUACUAUCCAGGACGCGCUCCUCGCAGCUCCCAAGAAGCCCAAGGGGAGAUUCGUGAUUCUCGUGAUGCCAGGUGUUUACAAUGAACGCUUCGAAGUUGGGAAACCCAACAUCACGCUCUUAGGGCUGUCGCCCGCUCUCACUAUAAUCACUGGAAACGCGAGUGUUGGCACCAACUACACUACAUUCAAUAGCGCCACUGUUGCCAUUGAGGGUGACUAUUUCGCAGCGGUGAACAUCCGGUUUGAGAACACAGCGGGCAAGAUCAACAACCAGGCGGUGGCACUGAGGGUGUCAGCAGACCAAUGCGCGUUUCACAACUGCGAGUUCUGGGGCUUCCAGGAUACACUCUACACCCACAGCGGCCGUCAGUACUACCGCAACUGCUUCAUAACCGGCAAUGUAGACUUCAUCUUCGGAAAUGCAGCUGCUGUUUUCGACAACUGCACGAUUCAAAUCCGCCAGCACACCAGCGGCUCCCCAGUAUCAGCCUCCAGUCGCCAAACCCCCAUCGACCCCACUGGCCUCGUCAUCAUGAAUUCCCGGGUGGUUGGCGAAACCACCCGUUGCGUUACGGGCUUUCUGGGCCGCCCAUGGAAGAGCUACGCGCGUGCCGCGGUGAUAAACACAUAUCUCUCACCUCAAAUCAGCCCGCUCGGAUGGAUGGAUUGGAACGGGCAGGUGAACGAUACGAUAAGCUUUAUCGAGUUCAACAAUACAGGGCCGGGGGCGAACGGACCGCGCGUGCCAUGGGUACGGCCGGGAAUCAUAGCGAAUGUGACUGUAGUAAGUGACUUCUUACCGGACAAGUUCCUGUCCCCGUUUGGUGUGAUUAAGGCGCUGCUCCCAUGGUUGUGA